AUGGCUCCGGACACGCCAAAGGGGCCCUCCUCAAGGCUGCUGACGAUGAAGUUCAUGCAGCGAGCUGUUGCAUCCGCAGCUUCAUCGCCACAACCCGACGAAAACUCCCAGACGUCCAAAAAGCGAAAGCUGAAGCACUCAGCAACCGCAGCUGCAGAAGAGCGAAUCAGCGCGCUGAUCGAUCAGGCCUCGAUCAAGGCUGCUAUUGAGGAACAAGAGGCGAAGCGACAGGCAGCCCUGGCCCUACACUCUGCGACUGGCGCGCACUGGGUUUUGAACACAAAGCUGGACAAGUUGAAUGCUAGCAAGCCGUCAGAGCCUUCGCUGAACGUUGUCUAUGUGGGCUACGGAGAUAUAGAUUCAGACAACGAGUCUGGAGGCGAAGACGCUCCCCAGAGUGGGCGGACAUCGACGCGCAAGCCCAAAAAGCCUAGCCCUAGUAAAGACGACCAGUCAGGUGAGGAAUCAUCUAGUGACGACGACGAUGAUGAAGAGCCGAAACGCAAAAGUAGACGUCUGGACUCUGGAGACAGCUCGAGCCGCUCACAGUCGCGGUCGAUACCCAGACUCAGCGAGGAAGCAAAAAAGGCCAAAGAUUUCCGCGAGAAGCGGAAGAAGAAGGAAGUCCGGCUCAACACCAUUUCUUCUAUAUCGUCUGCAGGUGCUGGGGGUGCUGGGAGCCCGGCCUCCAACAUGACCUGCUACGUUUGCAAGCAACCCGGGCAUAAAGCGGCCAGCUGUCCCAAGAACUCCUCCAGGAGAUGA